GAGAGCGAGUCCAACGUGUUCGAAACAAACAAGGAAGGCAAACGGGACCAUAAACACACAAGAUAGAUCCAAGGAGCCUCGAAGGACCAUCAUGAGCUCCGACCGUCGUGCCGCCAAAUUCUAAAAGAACUCUGAAUUGAUUCCCAACGUGUGUUUAGUGCGGUUUUUUAGGGUAGCGUUCGUCGUGAUCGCACUAUCAGUUACGCACGUUCUCAGGGUCACGGUCAUCGUCCGUGUUGACGAUGUUGCGUGGUAGUAUAGGGGUCGACAGCACUACUGCCGUUGUACGCCGCAACCAACCCAAGGCCCAUAAUCAGCAUCACAACGACGGCCAGCGGCCUGCGAUACUGUGAUGUAAUCGAAUCGGGAGUAUUUUCACAUCACCAAAAAGGGACACAUCACUGCUCGAAGCGCACAACGCACAAAAUUGGAACCGCGGAUGGAUCGUGAAAAGCACAGUGAAACCCGCUAUGCCGGGCUCGCCGGAGGACUAACCGGAUGUAUCACGCGUUUCAUCUGCCAACCGUUGGAUGUACUGAAGAUACGGCUGCAGCUGCAGGUGGAACCGAUCGCGACAAGCUCGACCCGCUCCAAGUACCGUUCGAUCGCUCAGUCGGUAGCCUGCAUUUACCGGGAGGAGGGGCUGCUCGCCUUCUGGAAAGGCCACAAUCCGGCACAGCUGCUAUCGCUCACGUACGGUGUGGCACAGUUUUCAUUCUACGAGCGAUUCAACGUGCUACUGCGAGAGGUACCUCUGCUCGAGGGCCACGAUCGGGGACGCAACUUCAUUUGUGGGGCCUGUAGUGGAUCGUUCGCGGCCAUGGUCAUCAUGCCGCUAGAUGUUAUACGUACGCGACUAGUGUCACAGGAUCCCGGACGAGGUUAUCGUAACGCGGGCCAAGGGUUGCUGCUCAUCUAUCGACAGGAAGGCAUACGAGGAUUGUACCGGGGGAUCGGCCCAGCGAUGCUACAGAUUGCACCUCUUACCGGGGGUCAGUUCAUGUUCUACAAUCUGUUUGGCACGGUGGCGAAACGUGUCCAAGGGUUGCCUACUGAGGCGCAACUACCACCCGGCGAGCUGUUCGUGUGCGGUGGCCUGGCCGGGCUCUGCACAAAGCUGUUGGUUUAUCCGCUCGAUCUCGCCAAAAAGCGGCUUCAGAUACAGGGAUUCGCCGGAAGCCGGCAAACAUACGGUGAACACUUUGUGUGCCGACACAUGUUCCACUGCCUAGCACAAGUAGGCCGACGCGAGGGAAUGCGCGGCCUGUACAAAGGUUUGCUGCCAUCGCUUCUCAAAGCAGGCUUUACUUCGGCCUUUUAUUUUACGAUCUACGACACGUUGCUGUUACUGUUUAACAGUCAAAGCAAUGUUUAAAUAAUAGGAUAUUGCAAAAAAAAGUGUAAAUUGGCUCGAAGCACCCUCGCCAGAGUGAUUAGAUUAACGGAAUAAAAUGGUAUUUUGCAAAGCUUUUAUAUUAUUUUAUACGAACGAG